UUCAAGAGACUGUGCCUGGGUCACCGAAUGCUGGCAGUCUACACUCACGAAGUGCCAUUGAUGACUUCAUAGAGGAACCUCCCACUUCGAUGACUGCAUGUGCAGCAAAAGAAUCUGAUGACCUGCCUAGUCCAAGGAAAUGUUUUUCAUAUUUAGAAGAUGGCUCUUUUCAUCUUCAAAAGGGCAUCUGCCUGACGCCUAUACAGGCAAAAAGAAUUCUGUCUCACAAGAAGGCAAGGCUGGUGGUGAAGGAAACGGCACAAGCCAUAUGGUCCCAGAAAGGGCUAGCGUCACGCAGUGUUAAAGGUGGCGUAGCUCCAGGAAGAAGGAACCUCGGCGAGGUUGCAAAGCCUGCGCUGACACCUGAAAAGGUCGCGGUUCUGGAAGAAACACUCAACCAUUGGUCGCAUGUGACAGGCGCCGACUCGUCCAUUGCAGCCCGAAACUUGACCAGCAUACUAACUGAAAAAAUUCAGGAUUGCAUCAAGGCAGAGCGACGAAAACCUCCACAGUAAAUGUACUGCGAAAUGCAUUCAAUCCAUAGAUAACCCAACGAAGACCAAAGACUAGGGCUGUGCAAUGUUUUUUCUGCAUUAAUAAAUAGAAUCGUCUCAUAUACACUCAACAUAA